ACCCAGGAAAUCCCAGAGUAGUGAGGUCACUCUCUUUUAUUUUGGGGGGGCAAAGGGGUAGAGGCACAGGUGUGGUCUUACAUAUUUUAUAGGAGAGGCUGUAUCAGGUCUCGGGGAUCAGCUUACUUCACCAUGCGUGGCAAGGAUGAUGAAUAUGAUUACCUGUUCAAAAUUGUCCUCAUUGGAGACUCCGGAGUAGGGAAGAGCAACCUGCUUUCACGGUUCACCCGGAACGAGUUCAACCUGGAAAGUAAAAGCACCAUUGGAGUUGAGUUUGCCACACGCAGCAUCCAAGUGGAUAACAAGACUGUGAAAGCCCAGAUCUGGGAUACAGCCGGACAAGAACGCUACCGUGCCAUUACUUCCGCUUACUACCGAGGGGCAGUUGGGGCGCUUCUGGUUUAUGACAUCGCCAAGUACCUAACCUAUGAGAACGCAGAGCGCUGGCUGAAAGAACUGCAAGACCAUGCAGACACGAACAUCGUCAUCAUGUUGGUGGGGAAUAAGAGUGAUCUGCGACAUCUACGGGCCGUGCCCACCGAUGAGGCCAAAAGCUUUGCAGAAAAGAACGGCUUGUCAUUCAUAGAAACAUCGGCUCUGGAUUCUACUAAUGUGGAGACUGCCUUUCACAACAUCCUCACAGAAAUCUACCGGAUCGUAUCUCAAAGACAAAUCGCCAGUGGACAGCCGGAGACAGAAUUCAGCCCCAGCAGCACCAUCGAACCUAUCAAAGUCCUGCCUACUCACCAGGAAGGGAAACAGGCACCUUGCUGCCAGAAUAUAUAAUCUGCCGAGGAUGGCAUGAGGAACAGCAAGUUGGGACAGCACUGAGUGUCUCAGAAGGCCCUCUUCCUCCUCAGAUGCGAUCUCUGCUAUGUUACUCUGCUUCGUGUCUGUCUCACAGAACUGCUUCCUGGAUUAUGUCCUUCCCCAUUAGCCACUGAACUUUAGAUGUAGGGCAUACUCAUUUCCCUUCCAAGAUAUCAGUUAUUUGAAGCUAGAACCUGGCAAAUAGCUAGAGGUCGGCAACUGGAAGCCCUUAGGCCCAAGCCUAUCCAAGGAAAUAUUAUCAGUUGGCCUAGCAAAUAAUUCCCCCGUCCAUACCUUUCUUUCCUGACAGGGCUGCCAUUGUGGCCUCAUGGUCAGUCCUACUUGCCUAAGGCCGGUUCCAGGAAAACUAAUGCACUGGAAGGCGAUGGUGGGUUGCUAGGCAGCCAUGAAAAUGGCACCUUGAAGUUCUUUCUGGAAUCUGUAAAGGGUGUGUGAAUAUUUGCUGGAGCACCCCACAUGGUCAGACAUCUUUCUCCUGCUGAAUCUCUGACUGCUAUGCACGGGCUGCUUUAUGUAGGGCCCCCUUUGACUAUAUUUUGUGCAAACAAACAAAUGUGGCAUAGUCCCCCUUCCAAGGCUGUGCUAAAGGGUUCAGUGUGUAUAAAUUAAGCUAGGUGAUGCUCAUCUGACUUCUGCAUAGGCCUGUGAUUCUGAACUCAAACCAGUCUGAAACCAAAUUCACAUCCAAUCAUGACUUCCCUGAGGAAUCAUGCGAAUAGUAGUCUUGUGAGGGACACUUUCAUGUGUUAGCCUUUUCAUAGGAGCUACAGCCCCAAAGUUCCUUUGAAGGAAGCCAGGGCUAAUUGUUUUAAAAACCUCUUUACUUCAUAGCACAGUUGCAUCCUGUAGUUUGGCUACUCCUACAUGACAGCAAGUCCGUCGAGUAAGUUGUGGGCUCCGUAAAGAGGCUGACGCAAGGCGUGCCCGGGGGGAGGAUGUGAAUUUUCGCUUCCCCUCUGCUCAGGAAUGGAAGGCCUUCAAGUAAGGAAGAUGUGCAAUUGUUUCAAAGCAUUUAAUGUGCUGGGCGUGCCUGGUUGCAAAAAACGCAACUUGCCGAUCAGGUCUGGUCAGGGGCACGCAUUUAAGUAGCUGAUAGGCGACUUAGUAUGUUACAAGCUCUCCGCUUUCACCAUUCAGCCAAGCCACUCUAGCAUGUGCUUCCUCAUCUGUUACAACAUGGCUCCUCUCUCUCUGUUGAAGUCAGGCUUGGAGAUUUUCAGUAAUUCAUAUAUAGUGGCGUAGCGCCAACAGGGCAGGGGGACCGUGAUGCCCUGGGCAGCGCUGCUGCGGGGCGGGGGGCGGCACCACAGCAGGGGCACAGGGCAUGCGCAUGCCCUGGGCGUAGUUCUCCCUCGCUCUGCCCCUGAUCGCAUACAAGCUCUUGCACAAUAAGGGCUUUUCUGGAAAGGGGAGGCCAAAAUCCGCACUGAAAGAAACUUUCUAAGAACCUUAGUUUCCCUUCUGCUUCAGUUUGUGUCUUUGCUUCUGCAUCCUCGGAGAAGGCCUCUAGCGAGUCACCACCUGGUAAAGAUGGGCAAUUGAUGAGAGACCGAGAACAUAAUGUUGUGUUAAAUGAUGAUGUUGUCACACUUCUGUUCCAAUCGCCGCCUUCCUGUAAAUAAUAAUUUUAAUGUCUGGAAUUGCCUUCCCUUGUGGCUGUAAUGGAAUUGUGUGUGUUGAGUGUUUGGCAGGCAUUUAAGUGUUCAAAUAAAGAUCUCCAUAUAUUGACA